GUUAGCCUAGGUGCUCCUUAAGUGUGGGGGAAGAGAUGAACCCAUGUUGUUGGUCCUGACAAGUCUUUUCUUGGCUCCACCUUUGGUUUGUUGAUUUUGCAGGAGCAUGUCGCUCGACCAUCAGUUUGUGCAGGGCCUGAGCCAGCACCCAGAGUACGCGGACCAGUUCCGCGCGGUGACUCGGGGGAAAUUGGAGCGCCACCACCAUCUGGAGUGGGCAGUGUUCGAGCAGCUCCACUGCAUGCAGGAGCUCACUGCCGCCAUCAGCCAUCGCGAUUGGCGCACACUGCUGGCUAUCGAGGAGCCCACGUACACUGAGUUGGUGUGGGAAUUCUACACCACCUUCCAGUACAACAGCAAAGCGGCUCGGGACUCCUCUGCAGUGAGAUUUAGGCUAGGUGGCUAUCCCCGGGAGCUGACCAUUGACGGGUUGGCCUCCGCCUUGGGGAUCCAGUAUCACCCAUCUUCCCGCCACGUGAUCGAGGUCCCGAAUCCAACAGACUGGAACAUGGAUUUGUUCUACUCGCAGAUUGCCCGGCGCACCUAUGCGUUCGACUACUUUGACGCUGGCCAGACAUACGUCUGCACCCUCAAGCCGCAGUGGCACAUCCUGAACUUCCUCAUCACCCGCUCCAUUGUCCCCAACGUCACCGGCUCGCACAAGAUUCCGAAGCGGGUGCUCUAUGCCAUGUUCUCGAUGCGGGACCCGGAUCACAUGCUGCAUUUGGGUUCCUUCGUGGCCACCACCUUCUCUCGCUGCCAUGGGAAGCCUAACCAUCUCUACUGUGGUCCCCUGAUCACCCGUCUAGCGCACCAUUUCAACAUCAGCUUCCAGGGGCUCACAGAUUCUUCUGCAAGGGGCGGCUCCACCCCCCUCAGCCGGGAAGUGCUCCACAAUGCACUCCUCCUGGCCACUGAUGGCACCCGCACCUGGGUGGAUGGGCUUUCCCUGCCUCCUGAUGAGGAUGUGGAUCUCGAUGACGAUGAGGAGGACGCUGACUAUUCUGGCGCGGAGGAGGAUGCGGAUGAUGAUGAUGAUGAUGGCGGGGCCAUGGAUGCCGAUGAGCCGGAGCCCCCGCUCUCUCCACCAGGGGACCUUCGCCCACGACGGAGAUCGGGGAGAGGUGAGUCCUCCUCCGGCCCUUCUGGUCUGUCGGCGGCUUCUGGCCUGUCGAUGGACUUCUUCAUGGAGCAGUUCCAGCAGAUGGGGGCUCCAGUUCCAGCAGCUCGGUCUUCAGAACCAGCAGCUCAUGGACCAUCAGGUCCAGUUCUACCAGUAGUAUUCAGCCCACCAGGCGAGUACCAGUCCAGGCUGACGGUUGUUGACGAUCGCCUCGGCCGCUUGGAGACCCAUAUAGGAGUCACGGGUGCUCUCAUCGAGCGGGAGAUAGAUCGAGGCCGCCGAUUGAUGGAGUAUUCGGAGCACCUGCUCCAGGCUUGUCACCCACCGGAGGAGCACCACUAGACCACCCGGUGGGAUCAUUCCCCACCACCACCACCGGAGGAUGGAGACGACGACCUCAUGAACCAGAUCGACUUCACCGGUCUAGGAGGCGGCUCCCAGUGACCUGUUUUGAGUGUGUUUGUUUUUGUCAGUGUGCAAACUGUCUUGUGUUGGUUGAGUUUCUUUCUUUUUAUUUUGGAUGUUGUACUAUUGGGCUGACCAUUAGACCUGACGUAUUGUGUUUGAGCUCUUUGGUUUCCUUUAGCUGUGCUUGUCUUGACUGGUCCUCUCUCCAGUCCGCUCCACUCCGACUGGUCCGCUUCCAGUCUCCUGCAGUCCAUGCAUACCGGUAACAUCGUUCCCCUUUUCCUUCCCUCUUCUCCAUUGAGGGCAAUGUCGAUCUUAAGUGUGGGGGGAUGUUUAUCUUUUGACUGCGUUAGAUCUGUUUGUGUGCUUGGAGCCUAGUCCACUGUCCAAAUUUUUAAAUUUGAGGGCUCCAAGUACGUGUUCCUUGCAAUUGCCUGCUCAGUAUGCUUUGAAUUGAUAGUCUAUACAGUAAUGUGCAACCUAGGGAGGUAGUGUAGCACUAUGGAGGAUGUUGAUGCAUUUAAGAAGUCUCCUUUCUUCUUCAUAUUGUGUUGGUUGAUUGUGUGAAUUAGUGAUCUUAGGACUCUUGAAUUGUGUGGUGAUGUGGACUCUCUACCUGUCAUGGACUCCUGUAUCAUGUUUUUGAAAUAAAAGGUGCUCGAAAAUGUGCUUUAACAUAACGUCUCCCGUGCGAAUAGGGCGAAAGUGUGUAAGAGGAGACGGGAAUUCGUUCCCAAUUUCCACCUACUACCUCCAGCCCCCUUACAUGUCCUUCCCCCGCACGAGGCUCAAGACAUACGCUCCUGGCAUGGCCGGUAAGAGCCGGGCUCCCGCAAAACCUCUGCUAGGUGGGAGCCCUCAUUUUCUGAAAAGCAGGUUGGGACCCUUGAAAAAAAAAACAAAAAAACAAGCAAAACAGAAAGAAAAAGGGUUCCAACCAUCUUCAAGAAGAAAAUAGAGCACCUUAAAAAGGUGAUUCCAUGAUCUUUUGUUUUUGAGAGUCCAUUCGUCCAUGAUUCAUUUGUCCUCUGCUCACUAUUUGCCAUGAUGCCGACUCGAGACUAGCAUUCUCGCCGAAGAAGCUAUGAGAUGACUUGUGCGUCGGUUGACCUCGUAAGCUGCUAAAUGAUCUAGGAAAUCCUCUACCUAUGAUCGGGGUUGUUGGUUGCUAUAGAGGUCUGGAGAGUUGCAUUGGUUUGAGUUAGGUUUGCUUGGGGACAAGCAAACGGUUAAGUGUGGGGGAGUUUGAUAGACCAAUAAUUACACAUGUUUUUACCCCUAUUCUUGAGCCGUUUGAGAGGUUGACUCUCGUGUUUAAGCCGAUUUCACGCAAGGUUGUGUGUUUAUGUCAUAUUUCAGGACACGGCAUUGGAAUCGAGGCGAGGAAACGAGUUGUGGGUCGAAAGGAGCGAAGUUGGGUCAAAGUGUGCUGGAGGAGGAAAAUACUCGGUCGUGGGCUCAAAUACCCGACCGGGUAUUUAUUGUUUUGGCACCCGUGAGAAACAGAGGGGGGCCCGGUCGUGAAGCUUAAAUCCCCAGUCGGGGAUUAUUGGACAUGACCGGGGUUUUUUCCCUGAAGCAAAACGUGCGUUUCAUUUAUACCCGGUCGAGACCCAAAAUACCCGACCGAGUAUUUCGACCGGGUAUCGCGACAGGCAGCAAUUUUAAGGGAAAAGAAGGCUGAAAAUCAAGGGAUUCGAGUUUU